AUGAGUAGUAAUCUGAAGAUAAGGGAUCCAAGUACUCAGCCAAGACAGAGAAUGCACACAACGGGUGCAUUUUUCGCAGGAGAUCAAAAUGGGAGCAAUAUACGUUGUGUGUUUUGUGAUGCAGAACACUUUUCCGCCUCGUGUGAGAAGAUUAAAGAUCCACAAGCCCGAAAGAAUAUUUUGAAGAGACAAGGACGUUGCUUUUUAUGUUUGAGAAAGGGUCAUCGAAUAAACCAAUGCACCUCCAAUAGACGAUGCCGCAAAUGCCCAGGAAAGCAUCAUCAGUCAAUCUGUGAAUUUAAUUCGAGUCGACCACCACAGGACCCAUCGAGUCAACCACCAGAGAACAAACCUGGGCAAGCUUCCACGACUGGAGCUGUUGUCAAUGAAUCGUCAAAUGGUACAACCACUGCAUCUGUGACAAGAAGUCAAACGAGAGUAUUGUUACAGACAGCAAGGACAUAUGCAUAUUCCAAUGAAGGUUCAGAAGUCUUACCUGUCAGAGUGCUCAUUGAUACUGGAAGUCAAAGAUCGUACGUCACAACUGGUCUACAGCAAAAGCUUGGUUUGAAACCCAUCAAGAAAGAAUCAUUAAAUCUUAAUACCUUUGGUGAUGCCGGUUUCUCGAAGAAAGACUGUGAUUUGGUCCAAUUAACGCUACAAGGAAAAAAUGGCCAAGAUAUAAAGAUCGCAGCCCUGAGUUUUGGUAACAUAUGUUCGCCACUACCUGGAACAAUAAACCUAGAAAGCUAUCCUUCGUUUUUAGAGCUGGAUCUUGCCGACUAUAACACAGCUUCAAAUAGUAAUGAUGACAUUGAUGUUUUAAUAGGAUCGGACUACUAUUGGGAUGUUAUAACCGGACAUGUCAUUCGAGAGAGUAAUGGACUGGCAGCAGUCAGCAGCAAGUUUGGUUGGAUGGUUUCGGGCCCAGUACAAAAUACCAAGAAUGGGGAUAACCAUGUAACAUCCAACCUGAUACUCCAACAACCAAGCUAUUCCAUAUUAAAUUAUGAGCAACCAUCCAAUUUAACUGAUAGUUUGGCACGUUUUUGGGACAGUGAGUCCAUUGGCAUAGUUGAUUACACUGAAUCUGACCACCAAAGAAAGGAAUUCUUGAAGGACAUUGCAUUUGACAAGACCGAAGGAAAAUAUCAAGUUGAUCUUCCCUGGAAGGAGGAACAGACUUUGCAAAAUUCUAAUUUUGGACUAUGUGUAUCUCGAUUGCAUCAUCUGAACUCCCGUUUAAGUAAGGAAGGUCUAUUAGACCAGUAUGACGAUAUUUUCAAGGAACAGGAGAGGACAG